UGUGAAGUGAAGGGAAGCCGGGGCUCCCCGCCUCAUAUUUUAUUGGCUUAGAUUUCUUAUGUUGCCAAGAGCUGUUCUAUGGAUCCAGGACCCUCUGCAGCGCCUCCUGGUAUGGCAGCAGGAGGAUUGUAUCUUCCUCUUAGUGAAAACGAACAGAAAUGCUAUGCUGAGCUCUUCUCUAUGUGCCAAGCUGAGGGAUCUGCCAGACUGGCAGCCGGGAGCAGCAAAGUGGCAGAGCUGUUUCGGGCAUCCCAGCUGCCCUCUGAUACCCUUCACCAGAUCACAGAGCUGUGUGGUGCCAAACAUAUUGGUUACUUUGGGCCAACUCAGUUUUUUAUUGCCUUGAAAUUAAUUUCUGCAGCACAGACCGGCCUCCCAGUGCGACUAGAGAGCAUAAUAAAUGAGUUGCCUCUUCCUCGAUUCUUGGCGAUGAAAACUGAGAAUGAUAUAAAAUAUGGAAUUCCAGCUAAGAACCUUGAAUCACAAGGAGUGAAAGAUGUCUCUAAGGACAAGUCUCCACUUAAGUCCAUCGAUGAAGGGGAACAACAGUCAGGUGCCAAAUCCUUUGUGGUGUCUUCCCAAACAUCACCAUCUGCAUCACAAAACUAUGGAAAUGUGAAGUUACAGACCACUGCUGAACAACACAACAUGGCAGCAUACGAGACUAGACAACCUGCACUACUUCAGCAGGAUGGACAGUUGCCGCUGAACUAUGGAAACCAACCUGCACCUCUGCAGUCUUCUAUUAGUCGGCACUCACUAUCAACUGAAAAAGAGGAUAGUUCCAGUAAUGACUCUGAGGACCCCUGGAGGAUAACAGAGGAACAGCGAGAAUAUUAUACGAAUCAGUUCAUAACCCUGCAGCCGGAUCUCAAAUCUUUCAUUUCAGGUUCUGUCGCAAAGAACUUUUUCACUAAAUCAAAACUUCCAAUUCCAGAACUUUCACAUAUUUGGGAACUUAGUGAUGUGGAUUGUGAUGGGGCCUUGACCCUACCUGAGUUUUCUGCUGCUUUUCAUCUUAUUGUUGCUAGAAAAAACGGAUAUGACUUGCCCAGUGCACUACCCCAGACCUUGCUGUCAGAAAUCAUUCAAACUGCUCCUGUAAACCUUGUUGCUGAUGGUGCAUACGAAUCAUAUAUCGCACCAAGCAUUGUUUGCCAGGCCAGGAAAGAGCUAGAAACAGUUUGUGAAGAUCCUGCCAGCUCCGAACCGCUGAUUCUCUUUGAUGUGGAGACAAGUAAUAAUGAGAGAACUUCUUCAGAACCAACACCACAUCAGAAUGCCUUGAAACAAGACCCAAACAAUGAUGAAAAAGAAGCUUUGAGUGCACACGCAGUCUCCCAGAUCACACCAGCUGAGCCUAAACACUUUCAAGCACUUAAAACAGUUGUCAAUAAGGAAUCACACUUCCACAAAACAAGGCCUCGAUCCAGGUCUUAUUCUAGCACAUCAAUAGAAGAAACAAUGAAAAAAAUGGAAGAUCCUCCUACGCCACCUCCUAGACCACAGAAAACACAUUCAAGAGCUUCUUCAUUGGAUCUGAGUAGAAUCAUUCAACACAAUUCUCCAGCUGCUCGUGCUGGAUGGAUACCCCCACCACCUGCUCUGCCGCCAAGGCCUUGUGUGUCACAGAUUCCACAUCAUACUACCAGUACAGACCAAAUGAUACAGCAGAAAACAUUUGCAGACUUCAGAUCACAAGAACAGUCUGAGCGAGGAGGAGAUAUUGAAUUACAUCCACAGACAAAUAAAAUCCCACCACCAACAGAGGAGAGCAGUCCUGCCAAAAAAGAAAUAGUGCUUAACCAACCACCAACCAAGCCAUUAAGACGAAAAUUCCACCCUGAAAGCCAGAUGCUAGAAAAUCAUGAGCUAUCAUCAACGUCAAGUGUGACUUCAUCUGUGGCAUCUCUUAAGUCACAUACAGCAGUUCAAAAACAGCCUUCCAGGCAGAAGAAAGCUAUCCAGACGGCUAUCAGAAAAAACAAAGAGGCUAAUGCUGUGCUCGCCAGGUUGAACAGUGAACUCCAGCAGCAACUUAAGGAAGUUCAUCAAGAAAGAAUUGCCUUAGAAACUCAGCUUGAACAGCUUCGUCCAGUUACUGUGCUAUGACCCCACCAAAGAGAGCAUUAGCAAUGCGGCUCAGGCGAGGAUAUGGGAUACAAGGAUUUGCCAGUAAGAUGCUGAAGUCAGUCAGCAUUGGAAUAAGGCUCAGUUCAGUUCUAUUUUAAGAAGAACUCUGUAAAACAUGUAUGUGAAUACAGUCACUGACCUUUUAACAUUUUGAGGCCUAUGUUGCUAUGUUCACUGCAACUUCCAGCAGACAACUGAAACAAUGAAGGGCUAAUAUAUAGAAAAUUUCAGCCUGCAUCUGUUGUACUUACAUUCCUGUAUAUAUGCAGUUAUGUUCUUAAGUCUUUUUCUAAAAUGUGUUCUCUCCUGCCCUCCAUAUAUUUAUUCUCCUUAUCCUUUACUUUCCUGGAUAGCCUAAUCAUGUUAAUAAAAGGAUGAAAACGAAACCUCUGAUAACAUGCUGUAGACCAUCAAACCUAUAACAGUUUCAUUUCUAAGCCCUUAAAACUCAGACAAUGGAUAGAUAGAUAGAUAGAUAGAUAGAUAGAUAGAUAGAAAGAUAUGCAAACUGUGGUCAUGGAAAAAAGACUAUCUUGGAUUAUAUUGCAUAUAUCCUUUUACCUUUUGCUAUACAAAAUCAUAGAUCUCAGCUCAUGUUUGGUGUUUUUAUCAACUGUAGUCCAAUCCUGUGAGUAUAAAAUGCCAUCUGACAUGUCUGCAACAUCUGGGUCUCAUAUAUUCAAAUUGGGUAAACUUAAAAAUAUCUGCAUGAUGAUGAUACCAGAGAUUUCAGAGGCCAGCACUGAAGCAAAAAAACAAGAAUCCAAUGAGGUUGUGGAUGACUGUUUUGUGUGUUGGGUUGUUUUAUUUUUUAAGACCUAAUUUACAUUGAUUUUGGAAACUGGUGAUGAAGACAUUUAUCUCCAUUAAAGUCUAUAAGGAAUUUUAUGAUACCACCAGUUUCCAAACUUUACCACUUUAGUGGAAACUAGGUCUAAUAUUUCUAACACUUAACAGAACAUUUAGAUGUUAUUUUUUUAAUAGUUAAUAAUGUAAAAUGGUGAUUUGUUCACUUUUAACUAUUUAUGGAAGCUAGAAAAAUUAUAUUUUUUGCUAAAUCGUUUACUACUUUUGGAUAAAAUUCAUAGUCCAGAUUCCCCCAAAAUUGUGCAGGAAGAUGUGCCGUGCUACACUGGUCAUACCAGUUCAAAAUGCACUGAAUAAGAGGCAGCCUUUGAGGGCUUAGAAAUUAGCAUAUGAGCCUAUCUAGGUUUACUUUUCAACAAAGAAUACAAAGAGUACAAACCAAGUUUGAUGAUUAAAGUGAAUUGCAUGCCCUAUCUGAAUAAUGAAAGUUUAAUUUUGACUAGACUGUCCCUUUAAUAAAAGUUAACUUAUAUCUACAAAAGAGGCUUAUAAUCAGACUAAUGCAAUCAUAGUGUACUUACUAUAGAUAUAAUAAGAUAGAAUGGACAUAUAAUUUAUAUUAGCUCAUUUUAAUACACUUUAUUUUAAAGAAAAAUGUAAGAAAUAAAUAGUAUAAAUAACAAAGUACUGUAUAUACUUUAACAUUGUACUCUUAUCUUAAAAUCUAAUUCAUGAAUACAAAUGUAUUACAUACGUUUCUACUUCACAUCCCAAAUUUCAUUUAUCCCCAUGAGGAAGCCUGUUUUAAUUGAUUAAUCCAAAAGAUUUCCGAUUUAUUGAGGAGUGCAAGUCUAUUACCACCAGUAGUCUGCUUUGGGAUCCAAUCUAUAGUAUGAAAAGCUGUCCCCUUUUAUGUUUCACAAAGGGGCCCAUUUACCAAGCUCCAGAUGGAGCUAAAGGGCCCGUGUUUCUGGCGAGCCUGCAGGCUUGCCAGAAACACCAGUUCUGAAACAGCGGCCUUUAGACUGCUGCUCCAUAACCUGUCUGUCUGCUCAGAGCAGGCGGACAGACAUCGCCACAAUUCAACCCGAUCGAGUAUGAUCGGGUUGAUUGACACCCCCCUGCUGGCGGCUGCAGGGCGCAGCGUUGCUCUCAAGAGCUGCUGGUGCAAUGCUGAAUAUGGAGAGCGUAUUGCUCUCCGCAUUCAGUGAGGUCUGUCGGACCUGAUCCGCACUGUCGGAUCAGGUCCAACAGACCUUUGUUAAAUAGGCCCCAAUGUGUUUUGCAACUGGAGUUUUUGGAACCUCUGUAUCAAUACACAGGAGAUGUUCCCUGAUACGAUCUUUAAGUUUAUGUAGUAUGCCGUGUAUAUUGAUGUCCACAUUCUUUGCAAGUUAUUGGAUAAAUCACAAACAGGAAAUCACAGUCUACGGCAUACUUAAUUUAAAAAUGAUGGUAAAUCUUAGCAUUUUUAAAUGCUAGGAUUUACUAAUGCAACA